AUGAAGGCUGUUUACGCUUUGACUCUCGCCAUCCUCGGCGCUGAAGCCUACGUUCUUCCUCCCGGUGCCGCUCCCAAGGCCAACUACGCUCUCCGCCCUUCUCAAAACAACGCCCCCGUCAGCAACGGAAACAGCGGCUUCGGCUCACCUAACAAGAACGCCGCCGGCACAAAGAUCAAGUUCACACCUGGUGGCUCCAACUCUGGAACGAAAAAUAAUGUCGUUCCUGGCUUCAUCGCCCCCAGCAAGCGAUCCAAGUCUGUUGACGAUGAUGGUGAUGACUACGAGGUCGGCGAGGGCUCUCAAAAGAACGACGACGACGACGAGGAGGGUGUGAUGUUCACCACCUUCUCUACUCCUCACUUCAAGAUCGGUACUCCUAAGCAGAAUGAUACUCCCAAGGAGGACGAUGAUGCUGCUGAUGCCGAUGCUGCUGAUACCAAGGAGCGCAAGUUCAAGACUCCUAGCCACAAGAAGCAGAAGGGCAGGAAGCAGAAGCACACUGGAGACGAUGACUCUUCCACCAAGACUGAUGACAGUCCCAAGACUUCUGCUACUCCCAAGGCUUCAAAGGAGGAUAAGAAGGCUGCCAAACAAGCAGAGAAGGACAAGAAGGAGGCUGCUAAGCAGGCAGAGAAGGAUGCCAAGAAGGCUGCUAAGGGAACCAAGUCUAGCGACGACGACAAGAAGACUACUAAGUCCGAUGACAAGAAGACCAAGACCCACGACAAGAAGGGCAAGAAGAAGGCUUCUGACGACGACGACACUGCUACCAAGACAGAUGACGACAAGCCCAAGGCUACUGCCGCCGCCAAGAAGGCCAAGUCUGCUUCUCACAAGUCUCACUCUCACUCUUCUUAG